CAGCAGCCCAUGUGCUUCCACCGUUCCAGACUUGCUUUCCCACCGCCCCACUCUUCCAUCUUCCCGCCCCGCUCAAGCUUACCACGCAACUCGCUUCCAACAGCACUCCCGCAGACGACGUACAUGUCUCCGACCCAGAUCCAUGGAGACUCUGGAUCCGAUAUCGACCCUCUACGCGGGAGAGACAUUCCCCACUCAGGAUGCUCCCGAUCCCCGUGAACCAAUCCCUACGAAACGCCACCAGCCUCCCUAUUCUCCUUUCCACCCUCCCACUUCGGCGCUCAUUCAUUGUGGCGAUCGCCGCCAAUUUCUCGAUAGCUCGAUAUCUCACGGAGC